AUGGCUGCUCCGGAAGUUCAUCACCUCUUCCAUAACCCCAUUGCUGAUCACUCGUUUUCCCCUGACAAGUCAACACUUGCAGUUGCUCGGGACAGCAAUGUGGAGCUCUACCAGAAAGCGGGUAACAAGUUCUCAUUGACCGAUGAACUCAAAGGCCAUGAGAAGAUUGUAACAGGUGUUGAUAUUGCUCCUAACAGUGGUCGGAUUGUUACCUAUCGCAAUGCAUAUGUUUGGGAGCGAACCCCCGCUGGCUGGAAACCGACUUUGGUCCUGCUUCGGAUCAACAGAGCUGCAACCUUUGUGAGGUGGUCUCCAUCCGAACAAAAGUUUGCUGUUGGCUCAGGGGCCCGUGUGAUCGCAGUUUGCUACUUUGAGGAAGAGAACGACUGGUGGAUCUCGAAACACCUGAAGAAGCCUAUACGGAGUACCAUCACUACACUCGCUUGGCAUCCGAACUCUGUUCUUCUGGCUGCAGGCUCGACCGAUUCCCACGCGAGAGUCCUUUCCAGUUACAUCAAGGGUGUUGAUACCCGCCCCGAGCCGAGCGCCUGGGGAGAACGUCUUCCAUUUAACACUAUAUGCGGAGAGUUUCUGAAUGACUCGGCAGGAUGGAUUAAAGGAGUAUCCUUUUCUCCAAGUGGAAACGCGCUUGCAUUCACUGGACAUGAUAGUAGCGUCACUGUUGUGUACCCAAGUGCGCCGGACCAACCUCCUCGGGCUAUGUUGAACAUAACCACCCGCUUCUUACCGUUCAACAGCUUGAUAUGGAACGGAGAGAACGAGAUCAUUGCUGCUGGCCAUGAUUGCGAGCCGUACCGCUUCCAUGGAGAUGAGAACGGAUGGCAGCUUACAGGAACUAUCGAAAACAAGUCCGGUUCUGGUGUCGGUGCUGUUCGCGAGGAGUCUGCUCUGAAUUUGUUCCGUCAAAUGGAUCUCAAGGGACAAACCCAGGCUGAUACUCAACUGAAGACCGUCCAUCAGAACACUAUUAAUACAGUUCGCGUAUAUGAGGAGGCCAACGGAAAUGUCAGCAAAUUCAGUACGAGUGGCGUUGAUGGUCGUGUGGUUGUUUGGACAAUAGGUUAA